AUGAUCCCUGCCGGGGGGGUGCCACACUGGGUCCUGCCCAGCCUCUUCGCUUCCUUUCACUUCAGCUCCCUCAUGGGCCUGAGCAGCCUGUUCUUCUCCUUCCCAUGCAGCUGGCUGGCCGUCCACGUGUCCCUGGCUUUCCCCCUGGUCGCAGGCAUCCUUUUCAUCCCAGCCGUGGCCAACCUCCUGCUGGCCAGCUUCACGGACCCUGGGAUCCUCCAUCGAGGGGCUGAGGGCCAGGCCGAGUUAGUGAUCCAGGCGCUUCGGGUCAAGGAGAGCCGCUUCGACCUGCACUGGUGCCAGAAGUGUCGGUACUACUGCCCGCCACGGACCUUCCACUGCCCCUGGUGCAACGUCUGCGUGGAGGAGUUCGACCACCACUGUAAGUGGCUGAACAACUGCAUUGGCUGCCGCAACUUUCGCUUCUUCUUCCUGUUCGUGGCUUUCCUGUGCAGCUACAACGUGGUGGUUCUGGCUUCCUGCAUCACCUACCUGGUGCUCAACUUCCACCAGGCCUACGGCGCGGAAAAGAUCUGUGCCAUCAUGGUGACCAUCCCGGCCGCUCUCUACCUGCUGCCCCUCCUGAUCCUGGUGGGAUCCCAGGCCAGUUUCAUCACUCUGGCUAAACGCACCUAUGAGCUCAAGCUUCGCGAGGCGGGCAGAGCGAAUCCCUUCGACCUGGGAUGGGCCAGGAACUGGUACACGGCCCUGUGUGCCCCACAGGGACCAAAGUACAUGGUUCGAGCCGCCAAACCAAAGGCAGCGACCCGCAGAAGCAGGAAGGCAUCUGUGGCCCGGCUCCUUCCCCAGAUGUCACGUCUGAACACGGCAUCUGCGGGACUCUCAUCCCACCGCUGCCCUCAGGACGUGCCUGGCCAGGGGAGGGCAGCCAAGGCUGGCGCCAAGAGGACCUGGUGCCCAGCAAGCCCAGAGAGGAAGGCGAACACGGCGAUGAGAGUCCCAGGCAUGGCUGAGUGGCCAGCGAUGGCGGAUGGCGGAAGAGGUGCUCACUGGAAAUCCCAGAUACACAUCAGCAGCAGAGUGGUCUCGCCCACGGCCGCGCUCCUUUCAGUGUCUGACAUUUAAAGGGACCCCUGACGGCAGCUCCUGGUUUAUUCCAGGUACAAAGGGUCCCCAAGAGAAAACCCUGGACAAACUGAUGAAUAAAGUUUCUAUCCCCAAG